CCCUGGCUCCGGGCAAGGCUGCUGUUGCUGCUGCUGCUUCCCUCCUGCUUGUCGUCAUGAACGGGCUGUCGAUCAGUCAGCUCUGCUGCCUCUUCUGCUGCCCGCCCUGCCCCAGCCGCAUCGCUGCCAAGCUGGCCUUCCUGCCCCCCGAGCCCACCUACGCCGUGGUGCCCGAGCCCGAGGGCAGCACCAGCACCAGUUCCCUGCGCGGCGCCGCCGGGCGCUGGAAGCUGCACUUGAAGGACCGGGCGGAUUUUCAGUAUUCCCAGCGGGAACUGGACAACAUUGAGGUGUUUGUCACCAAGAGCAGCCGAGGGAACCGCGUCGGUUGCAUGUACGUCCGGUGUGUGCCCGGAGCCAGGUACACGGUGCUCUUCUCUCAUGGCAACGCCGUGGACCUGGGGCAGAUGAGCAGCUUCUACAUCGGGCUGGGCACCCGAAUCAACUGCAACAUCUUCUCCUACGACUACUCGGGCUACGGGGUGAGCACGGGGAAGCCCUCGGAGAGGAACCUCUACUCUGACAUCGACGCGGCCUGGCAGGCGCUGCGGACGCGGUAUGGGAUCAGCCCAGAGAACAUCAUUCUGUACGGGCAGAGCAUCGGGACAGUGCCCACGGUGGACCUGGCGUCGCGCUACGAGUGCGCGGCCAUCGUGCUGCACUCCCCCCUCACCUCUGGCAUGAGGGUCGCCUUCCCCGACACCAAGAAGACCUACUGGUUUGAUGCCUUCCCCAACAUUGAGAAGAUCUCCAAGAUCACCUCUCCUGUCCUGAUCAUCCAUGGCACGGAGGACGAGGUCAUUGACUUCUCCCACGGGCUGGCCCUGUUCGAGCGCUGCCCGCGGGCGGUGGAGCCGCUCUGGGCGGACGGGGCCGGGAACAACGACAUUGAACUCUACAGCCAGUACCUCGAACGCCUUCGGAAAUUCAUCUCCCAGGAGCUGCCCAGCCAACGCACCUAG